ACGUUAGUAGUCUGUCUACGACUACAUGAGCUAAUUUUCCAGCUGGAGGAAAAUGUCCAGCGUCAAAGAUCGGAGACUCUGAAGGCACCUGUUGUAAAGUUCCUGCCAGAACCCAGUGGUAUCCCCAUGUACAUAGCAAGGCAAAGCUGACACCAUGGCCCACAUAUCCAGUGGCAAUGGAUUUAAGUUUGACAGGCCAGCCUCUCCGGGGGUGGUCCGGCCCAAAGGGAUUGUGGGAAAGGAGGAGGCUUUACGUAUGGAAUUAGAGGCCUUGGAUAAAAUCAAGCGUGAGAAAAGACACACACUCCCAGUCACAGCGUCUUCUGUUAAUCCCCUUCCCAAUCCAAUGACACAAACAUCCACUAGCCGGCAAGAGAAAGACCUCAUUGUGUUCUCCGAAUCAGAAACACAGAAGGAAGAACAAAAAGACAAAUUUGAGGAUAUCGAUUUAGAGAAGCUGACCAAGGAGGAGCUGGAAAAGCUGCUUCUGGAUGACAGUUUUGGAGUAAACAAAAUGACAAGACCUUCCUCUCUGCUAGGUUGCAAUCUCAGCGCAUCGUAUCCUGGAGGACAUGCGUUCAACCCUGCUUCAUUCCACUGGACACCCACCCCAACACACGCACAGACUCCCAUCUUCCCCUCUGCUCCCUUCCCGAAGCCUCCGUGCUCUUUCCAGAAUGGCUUUAGUCCAGCUUUGUCUCCCUUUAUUAGUCUGCCGGCCCAGCCGACCCUCUUCCUCUCCUUUACACCAGUCCAACCACCUGCUGCUCUGGUCUACCAACAGCCCGCCGUCACCCCAGAGAUGGCCAAGCUGUUUGACAAGAUUGCCAGCACUUCAGAAUACUUGAAGAACGGCAGGUCCUCCAGCAUGGAAACCCAAUCGGGAAGCGUCAAGUCCCUGGAGCCCAUGCCUCAGCCCUCAGAACCUCCCUAUAUCAGCCGAUUUGAGUGGCUGGACCUGGACCCACUCAACAAGCGCAAGGAGGUGGAGGUAGAGGAGACACGCACUGUAUCGGGCUGCCCUUUCGUAGAGGAGUCUGGGACUGCUAAAGACCCAUGGGAUGCGGUUCUUCUGGAUGAGCAUGAAGUUGUGGAUAAUGGCAGUCCCUCAGAACAGGUGAAGAGCAAGGUGACUUUAGCCACCCAACCCAGAAGAGCAUCAACAGGGGCGGCCGUAACAAGAAGCCAGUCCCUCAUCAUACCUGCAACCUCAACGGAUCCCAGCCCAGAAAAACAGGUCAAUAAAGGAAGUGCAAAUGCACUCUCAAAGUACUCCAUCUUACAGGGAAAUGAAGCCCAAAAUCUAGAAGUCGUAGCAUUCUGUGAAGACAUUUCAAAACUGAGGUCAAAGUUUCCACAUGUCGACCUGGCUACCAAUCCUGGCUAUGUUCUCAGCCCUGUGAUCACUCAGAGGGAUGCAGGAGGGGACAGUGGGGGCAGUGUGAAAGUAUCCAUUGAGAUUUCUGAUUCUCAACAGCCUGUAACUUUCACUUGUGAUGUGAGUUCUCCAGUGGACCUGCUCAUAAUGCAGGCUUUGUGCUGGGUCCAUGAUGACCUGAACCAGGUGGACAUCAGCAGCUACGUUCUCAAGGUCUGCGGACAGGAGGAGGUUUUACAGAAUAAACACAGUCUGGGCAGUCAUGAGUACGUGCAGAACUGCAGGAAGUGGGAGACGGAGAUCAAACUACAUCUCCUUUUUCUUAGCACAAUGAGAAGAGAUCUGGCCCGAACGGCAGAAGAUGACAUCUCCCCCAUUGUCUUGGAGAAAUACCUUGGCCUAGUGGAGAGGCCGUUCAAAGAGGCAGUCACAAGAGAGGGUCUUGCUGAAUACUUAGAAGGAUAUCAUAAGCAAGUAAAUCUCUGCCUUCAGAAUGAGAGCACCCUGUAUAAAACAGUGGACAGUGUGGUUCAGUCUGUUAAAAAUCUGUGCUGUGCUCUGGAUGAAAUUGAGACACCAGCCAUCACUGAUGCAAUCAAGAGGUUCAAACGCUCUGUCAACCUUCCUAGAACACGUUCUCCAGAGGCUGGUUGUACAAGUUCAGCUUCUACAGGUUCAGCUAAUGGUUAUGCUAGCCCAGUGGAGGAGAUUUUAGCCGGACUCACAGACGCUGUGUAUGAUCUCGCUAAGCUCUACCUGAGGUCUUUCUGUCCAACUAUUCCUGGUUGCACGAUGGAAGAGGACAGGAGGGACAGCAGAGAGGCCUCGGGCACCACAGAACACCUUCAGUUUACUCUGUUUGCCGUUCAUGGCAUUCCUGCUACCUGGGUCAGUUAUGCUAGCCCAGUGGAGGAGAUUUUAGCCGGACUCACAGACGCUGUGUAUGAUCUCGCUAAGCUCUACCUGAGGUCUUUCUGUCCAACUAUUCCUGGUUGCACGAUGGAAGAGGACAGGAGGGACAGCAGAGAGGCCUCGGGCACCACAGAACACCUUCAGUUUACUCUGUUUGCCGUUCAUGGCAUUCCUGCUACCUGGGUCAGCAGUUUUGAAAAAUACUACCUGAUGUGUGCCCUGACCCACAACAACAGGAAUCUCUUCAAGCCUGUCCAGUCCAAAAAAGUGGGAACAUACAAGAGCUUUUUCUACCACAUUAAAUGGGAUGAAUUGAUCAGUUUCCCUAUUUCAGUGGCGCUGUUACCGCUGGAGGCCAUGUUGAGUCUUUCUCUCUAUGGGGUUCUCAACCAGAAUGCGAACAACUCGCCAGAUUCCAACAAGCAACGGAAGGGUCCAGAGCUUUUGGGAAGAGUGUCCAUGCCUCUCUUUGAUUUCAGAAGGGUGCUGUCAAGAGGUAGCAAGCUGCUAAGUUUGUGGACGUCUCCUCAAGUCCUUCAGCCUGGAGCUGCAGGCAAGGGGAAGAAUCCUUCAGAACGGAUCAUACUGCAGGUUGACUUCCCCAGUCCUGCGGUGGACGUGCUCUAUGUUGGUCCUCAGGAGAACGGCUGCCCAGACCCUCAGUCUCUAGAGCCACUUGAUCUGGGAGAUCGAGGUGAGAUAGAAAAGCUGUGUGCACAAGCAUCUGCUUUUGGGCUGUCACGAGCAGACAGGCAGCUGCUCUGGGACCAGCGGUACUAUUGUCGGGACUAUGAAUACAGCCUGCCCAAAAUCUUGGCCAGUGCACCCAGCUGGGACUGGGGCAGUAUGGGUGAGAUCCACUCACUUCUGCACCACUGGCCCCCUCUGUCGUCUGUUUCAGCCCUGGAGCUCCUUGAUUCAAAGUUUGCUGACACAGAGGUGAGGAAAGUGGCCAUGAGCUGGAUCGAGAGCAGCAGUGAUGAUGAGCUGGCUGACUAUCUCCCUCAGCUGGUGCAGGCAGUGAAGUUCGAGUGUCACCUCAACAAUGACUUGGCGAUAUUUCUGCUGUCUCGAGCUCUGGGAAAUAUCAAUAUUGCACAUUAUCUUUACUGGCUGCUGAGGGAUGCCGUGCAGGACCCAGCGUUCAGUCAGCGUUAUGACCGCAUCCUCGGCACGCUGCUGUGUCUGUGUGGGACUGGCUUGAGGGCUGAGCUUGAGAAGCAGACCAGGCUUGUGCAGCUGCUGGGCGCUCUGGCCGAAAAAGUGCGGCAGGCAAACAACUCCACCCGACAGAUUAACGUCAUGUUUAAGGUUGGAGAGGAUCUGAGGCAGGACAUGUUGGCGCUGCAGAUGAUUCGGAUUAUGGAUCGGAUCUGGCUGCAGGAGGGACUGGACUUGCGCAUUGUCAACUUCAAAUGCAUCUCUACUGGAAAAGAUAAAGGCAUGGUGGAGUUGGUUCCGUCUUCUGAAACGCUGAGGAAGAUUCAGGUGGAGUACGGUGUGACGGGCUCCUUCAAGGACAAACCUCUCGCCGAGUGGCUUCGCAAGUAUAACCCUGCUGAGGAUGAGUAUGAGAAGGCCUCAGAGAAUUUCAUCUACACCUGCGCAGGAUGCUGCGUGGCCACUUACAUCCUAGGCAUUUGUGACCGCCACAACGAUAACAUCAUGCUGCGCUCCACCGGCCACAUGUUCCACAUAGACUUUGGGAAGUUCCUGGGUCACGCACAAAUGAUUGGGAGUUUUAAAAGGGACCGAGCACCAUUUGUCUUAACCUCUGAUAUGGCUUACGUCAUUAAUGGAGGAGAGAGACCCACUAGCCGCUUCCAGCUUUUUGUUGACCUUUGCUCUCAAGCCUACAACCUGAUACGCAAACACUCCAACCUCUUCCUCAACCUACUGUCUCUGAUGACACAGUCCGGUUUACCUGAGCUGACUGGAGUCCAAGAUCUUAAAUAUGUGUAUGAUGCUCUUCAACCUCAGACUACAGAUGCGGAGGCUACAAUUUUCUUCACAAGGUUGAUUGAAUCUAGUCUUGGCAGUGUGGCCACAAAGUUUAAUUUCUUCCUCCAUAAUCUGGCCCAGUUGCGUUUCUCUGGUCUUCCCUCCAAUGACGAGCCAAUCCUCUCCUUCGCUCCCCGGACAUACACAAUAAAGCAGGACGGCAGGAUCCGAGAUGCCUCCAUAUUUUCAUUUCAGAAGAGAUACAAUCCAGACAAGCACUAUACGUAUGUUAUACGGAUCCUUAGGGAAGGUCAAAGUGAGCCGCAGUUUGUCUUCCGCACCUUUGAUGAGUUCCAGGAACUGCACAACAAGUUGACCAUCCUUUUCCCUCUGUGGAAGUUGCCGGGAUUUCCCAGUAAAAUGGUGCUGGGACGUACACAUAUCAAGGAUGUGGCAUCCAAAAGGAAGGUGGAAUUGAGCAGCUAUGUGCACAAUUUGAUGAGGGGUUCAACAGAAGUCACCCAGUGUGAUCUUAUCUACACCUUCUUCCACCCUAUUGCGAGAGAUGACAAGACCGAGGGGGUUGAAGGACUCUCAAAAACUCUAGAUAUUCCUCCAGUGAGUCCCACCACUGGCCGCGUGGAGGGUGAGGUGAAGCUGUCAGUGUCCUACAGAAACAGCACGCUCUUCAUCAUGGUCAUGCACAUUAAAGACCUGAUGUCAAAUGACGGAGCAGACCCAAACCCUUAUGUGAAAACAUACCUUCUCCCAGACCCCCACAAAACCUCCAAACGCAAAACAAAGAUCACGAGGAAAACUAGGAACCCGACAUUUAAUGAAAUGCUGGUGUACAGCGGCUACAGUAAGGAAACCCUGAAGCAAAGGGAGCUUCAACUGAGCGUGCUCAGUGCAGAGUCUCUGCGAGAGAACUGCUGUUUGGGUGGCAUCACCCUCAGCCUUAAAGACUUUGACCUGAGCAGAGAGACUGUCAAGUGGUACAAGCUCACCACAGUGCCCUACUUUUAGAUCCAACGAUUCCUGCCCACCAGUCUUCCACGAAAGGUGAUGUGACUGCAGCAAGUGCCCUUCAAAUUCCCCCAGCAUCCCUCUCUCUCUCUCUCCCUCUCUCUCUCUCUCUCUCUCUAUGACACUAAUCAAGGUUGAGUCCUUGUUGAAAGAAUGAAUCCACCUAACUUUAUGUGUGAAAUCAAUAUUCGUGUUCUGUACAUUUGGAACUUGGACCAAACGGCUCACUUAUAAAAGAGUUUAUAUUAUAUUAGAAUAUAUAUAGAGAGAUUGACACUUGUAUUUUUAAAACUGCUCAUUUUUACACUUUCCUUUUCUACAUAUGCAAAUAAGAAACAUUAAAAGGUCUGUAAGGUUUUGAGCUAUCAAAACAAGCACAGCAGAGUUCACUGUGCUUUUGAUAACGUGCCAACUGAACUGAACAAACUCGCGACCACUUCCCUUUAUGGAACAAUAACAGGGUGCCUUCACACGCUCUCCUUUCAUUUUCGCUCUUCUCAGUACAUUCGUGGUUUAAAAAGGCCCUGUUUUGUAAGAUAAUGUAGUAUGUGCUUCCCAUGGAGUGAUCUGAGUUGGUCAAGCGAUUGUUUUAAUGGCACCAAUGAAUUUGUAUAAUGAACAAGGGAACGGCACCGGUGGCUAAAAGCUACUGCAAGAACUCAGCUGAAUCGUAAUCUAUGAGUUUACCAGGCAUUAAAAAAAAAAAAAAAAAAGA